CAUAUGAUAUCUAUGGUUACAAAAAAGGUGCGGGGUUUGUCAAGGUAGAUCGCUGGAACGAGUGGAACGGUCUAUUUGAAAAAGAUGUGACAAACAAAACCUCGUCAGGAAAGAAUGAGAGAGGAGGGAGGUAAAAGUAUGGUGAGAGACCUCUCGAGGUUGGACGAUGGAAGGACUGGGAAAGGAGAGAUCCGUAUGCAGCCCGAAAACCUCCCCAUGGAUCGGUCAUCCUAAUACAGAAGCUUUGACGCUUCUCGAGAAACUCAAAGACUGCUUCACCACCAAUGGCACCACUGUCCCUCCCGAAACUGAUAAAAAGGAAGAUGAGAUGGAUGGCAGAAAAGCAGUCAUGGAAUUGAAGGAUGUCCCUCCUCCCCCUCUGCACCAUGCUUCACCCUCCCAACCAUCCAAGCGCUUCCCUGCACCUCCUCUCCCUUUGCCUCCUCCUUGUUUGCUUCCUCCCCAGCUUACACAAGAUGACCAUCAACUGCCGCCUCCACCUCAGCAGCAACAUCAACAAGAGGGGCUUCGCCCCAAAGUAAGCGUGUGCACCCAUUGUGACUACUGCCUCACAGAGGGCUAUGGAUUAUCAGACUGUGGAGGUGUAGUUGGUGGUAGCGUAGCUGUUGGUUUCCCACACUAUGGAGCUCCUGACACCUUGGCAACACCCAUCUACAGCUGCAGUAAUUCUGCUAUGUCUAGACCUUGUUCUGUAGCCUCAAAUGUUCCUCAGUACAAGCAUGGGGUGAGCUGUGGAUCUAAAAAUGAUAACUAUGAUCCGCUGCUCAGCUGUGGCUGCAAACCACAGAGGCUUUCUUCUGUCACCACCUCCCAGCCCAUCUCUGCACAGCCCCAUACCCCUUGUUGCCCUGGGCUUCUUAACACCAACUCAUCAGAAGUGUCAGCGUCUUUCCCUCCUCAGCCCCGUUUUGCUUCUACACUCCCACCAAAUUCUGCUCCAACACCCGUGCAAAGCUCUUGCCUGGUCUCCUCUGGCUGUUACAUCUGUGGUAUGGCCAGAAGAACCCAGACAAGUGCAGCACUCCGUGAUCACUCUGUUACUACCACUGUCAACACCACACCCACUUCAGCACGUCUCUGUUCUAAUCCUAUUCACUUAAAUGUAGAGCACACAGUUUGUGUAAAGGGGGCUCACUACUGCCAGGAGUGCUUGUUGAAGCCCAUGAAUGGUUUUGCGUGCAAGUCUGAAAAGGUUUGGCCCAAUAUUCCCGUUCCCCAAACAACUCCCAUCGCUAUCCCCAUUUGUAACGGCUGCGGGACCUCAUCUGAUCGUGUGGCCGUCAACCAGGGCAAGACUGGCCAAAAGUAUGGUUCACCAGAAAGUGGUGGCACAGAGAACAUCCCCCCUGUCGGAGUGUUUUGGGACAUAGAGAACUGCAACGUGCCUAGUGGACGAUCUGCUGGGGUCGUGGUGGAGCGUAUACGCAGCCAGUUUUUCCAAGGUCACCGUGAGGCAGAAUUUAUUUGUGUCUGUGAUAUAAGUAAAGAGAAUAAAGCGGUUAUCCAAGAGCUCAACAACUGCCAGGUUACUGUGGCACAUAUUAAUGCCACAGCCAAGAAUGCUGCUGAUGACAAGCUCCGCCAAAGCUUGCGACGCUUUGCCGAAACCCACACUGCGCCUGCCACAGUUGUCCUAGUAUCAUCUGAUGUGAACUUUGCAAGUGAGUUGAGCGACCUGCGGCAUCGCCAUGGUUUCCAGGUAAUCCUUGUCCAUGGUAACCAUACAUCCCAGGCCCUGCUGCAGCACGCUCACCGCCAUGUGGCUUUUCAAGAGAUAACAGCUGACCUGCCUCCGCGCAUGCUUGUCAAAACACAGCCCAGUUACAACCUACUCUAUGUGCACAACCUUCCUGUCAACUGUGAAAAGAACCAGUGGAACGCUGUGAAGCAAAGGCUCCGGCGCCUCUCAGACAACUGUGGUGGCAAGGUGCUGGGCAUAUCCCAGGGCACAGCCGUGCUCCGUUUUGGCAGCCCUGAGGCAGCAUCACGUGCCCGCAAACGAAUGGAAAAUGAGGAUGUGUUUGGCCAUCGAAUCAGCCUUUCCCUCUCUCCACGGCCCAGAGAGGAUGCAAGUGUUGAGCGUGAGCUUCAGUCUCAGCCCCAUCACUUCCCUCUGCCUCAGACACUGCCCCAGGCCUAUCCAAGCCAGGAUGCAAUGUUUGCUGCACCUAUAGCCACAUCCUCCUCCUUUAUGCCCCUGGAGAAGCCAAGGUCGCCAAGGAGGGCACGGCGAGCAACCCGCACAUGCUACACCCCUGGCCCUCUGCCUGAAAGGCCCUACAGCCCCAAGAGGGGGUGUUCUGGGCCUCCGGGUGGUGCUCCUACAAAGCCCCAUCGGGUCAGCAGACUGAAAAUGGAUAACGCAGAGAGCAAACCUAAAAUGGGUUUUCACCACCUGGAUAAAGGACGUCCAGCUUCCUCCUCUCCCCAUAGUAAUAAUGAGAUUGGAUCACUGGAUCAGCUUUCCAAACCUGGUUUUGAUGACGAAUCCAUUUUCAAGAGAAGCGGAGGAACUGAGUAUACUGUUGAAGAAGAGAGACGACCAGGAGAGUUCCAGAUCAGCACGCCUUCUGCUUUCAGCAAGCUCAACCUACAGAGAAGCUUCAGCCCGCUCGUCUUACCCCAGGGUUCUUGGUCGUCCAGAAAUGCAUCGCCCUGCCUUUCUAGCCGUUCUUCUCCUGCACUUGCUGCUUCUCGAAGUCCUUGUUCUGAAUGUCCACCUGAGCCAUUUUCAGAUGGAGCUAAAAUCCAGGUAGCCAACCUUGACUACAGAAUGUCCCGCAAGGAACUACAGCAGACUCUGCGUGACACCUUCUGCCGAUAUGGGCGGGUGAAAGGGGUGGACCUUAGUCCCCACACUGACUACCAGUUGAAGGCUACAAUCCACAUGCAGUCCUUACAGCAGGCUAUCAGUGCCGUGAGUGGACUGCACCGUUACAAAAUUGGAGGCAAGCGCAUCCAGGUGUCUCUGAUCACAGGUGGCCACAAUAGAUUCACGGCCAUGCUCAGCUCAGAGAUCAGCAGCAUUCUUCUGGAGGCACCUGCCAACUGCCUUCCUCUCUUCAAGUUCAUUGAGAUCUAUGAGAAGAAGUUUCACCGUAAGCUUUUGAUGAGCGAUGUCUACAAACUGUCAGAUAUAGUGGCUGUUCGGGAACAGGGGGGUACCAGACUGGUGUGCCUUCUGCCCAGCGGCCAAAUCCGUCAGAGUCCUCUGGGAUCCUCUCAGUCACAGGAGAGCUCCUCCACAGCAAGUGGAAGCCCUGUGGUUUUUGAGGAGCUGGAGUACCACGAACCCAUCUGUAGACAACACUACACACAGGAAAAAUUCAGUGAGGCAGACUUCGAUCCAGACUCGUACACAAUUCCAUUUGUGGUCAUGCCUCUAAGCAAAUUGGCAUCUGAAGUUCAUGCUUUGCUUCAGUCACAUGAAGGAACACUUCCCCUUCUAAGUUUUCCAGACUGCUAUGAAGAAAUGUUCACUCGGCUGGAGCUGGGCAAUGAGAAUCUGGAAUGUGGUGUUCCUUUAGAGCACCUCAUCACAUGUAUCCCGAGUAUAACCAUAGUCACAGCUCAGAAUGGUUUCAAAGUCAUCAAGUGGAUUCACAACAAACCACCAGGUCCAAACUCUGAGCCGUGGAUCCACCGAUGCAAAAGUCCUGUUGGCAACCCUCAACUCAUUCAGUUCAGCAGAGAGAUUAUUGAUCUCUUAAAGAGUCAACCAUCUUGCAUCAUGCCUAUCAGCAAAUUUAUACCCUCUUACCAUCAUCAUUUUGCCAAGCAGUGCCGCGUCUCUGAUUAUGGAUACACAAAGUUGUUGGAGCUCCUAGAAGCAGUGCCACAUGUCCUACAGAUUUUGGGUAUGGGUACAAAACGACUGCUCACCCUCACUCAUCGAGCCCAAGUGAAGCGUUUCACUCAAGACUUGUUAAAGCUUCUCAAAUUUCAAGCCAGCAAGCAAGUUGCUAUCAAGGACUUCAUGCAAGCAUACCACUGGUGCUUUUCCAGGGACUGGAAUGUAGCAGACUAUGGCACAUGCGAUAUCACUGACCUGCUGUCUGAGAUCCCCGAUACCACCAUUACAACCACACAUCACGACAAUGACACGGUCAUCUCUGUUCCCAAGAGAGAGCGCACUGGAGAUGAAAUGGAGCGCACUAAACAGUUUGGGAAGGAGGUGGUAGACCUCCUCCGUCACCAACCUUACUGCCGAAUGCCCUUCAGCAAGUUCAUCCCCACUUAUCACCACCACUUCGGACGUCAGUGUAAACUCAGCUACUAUGGCUUCACCAAGCUGAUUGAUCUCUUUGAGGCCAUUCCUGAAGUACUAAUGGUGUUGGAGUGUGGCGAGGAAAAGGUACUUGCACUAACAGAGGUGGAGCGCAUCAAAGCUCUCGCAGCACAACUAGUCAAGCUGCUCAGGGCUCAGAAAAACUCGAGCCUUCCUGUGAACCAACUGCUCACAGAAUACAGCAAGACCUUUGGUUAUGGAAUACGACUGCAGGACUACGACACCAGCUCUCUGCCCACAUUACUAAGUAAACUCCGCCAUGUUGUAAAGGUUGUGGAUGGCACGGAAGGCCGGGAUAUUCAGCUCAUCAACAGGAAGUCUCUGCGUUUGCUGACGUCACAACUUUUGGCGCUGCUUAUGUCUCAAGAGAAGCAUGUCGACAGGGGUAUGAGGGUGGACGUGUUGAGCCAGCAUUACCAGAUGGUCCACAAAAGCCCGCUCAACCCUUGUGAAUAUGGGUUCCUCUCCCUCAGUGAGCUACUCAAAAGCCUGCCCUAUCUUGUGGAGAUUUACUUUGAAGGAGGUGACGGGGGCUUUCAAGGCAACAACGUCACAAGCUGUCCUGGUGAAGAGUGGGUGAGGCUGACGAGGCUGUACCAGUUUGCCCGAGACGUACGUGCACUGCUCCACACCUACCAUUACAACCAGAUCUUCUUGACGGAGUUCCAAGGAGCUUAUAAAAAAUUUACUGGCUGUGGCCUUGAGUCACGCUCCUAUGGGUACAACAGCACUGAUGAAUUGCUAAGUGCCAUUCCACAGGUGAUCUGGAUCAAAGGGCAUGGUCACAAAAGGAUUAUCGUUUUGAAGAACGAUAUGAAAGAAAGGACGAGUGCUUCACUGCCCAGCAGCCCUCAGUCAGAAGGUGACGUGGAGAGCCCCAGAGACAGCCCAGCGAGAAAUACACAUUUUGAAGCCCAGAGUCAAAGUGCAACUGUGGUACCAGACUCUGAGCUGCUGAGUCUGACGGCCCCAGUCGACCUUCUUUGUGGCCCAGUCCCAUCUUGCCUGCCGUCACCUCAGCUCCAUCCCGAUCCUGUCCUAAUACAGCAGGCAGAUCUGAUUCAUUUUGAGGAGAAAACCUUUUUAAUGCCUCAAGCAACAGAGAGCAAAGCAUUCAACAUGGUCGCUGCUGCCAAUGACAAAGAGCUCGCCGCACCUAAGGACUCAGAGUCCGUUUUGUCCAUGGACAGUCCGAGUAGAAGAGGCCUCCGCAGUAGAAUCAAGCUGGCUGCCAACUUUUCAUUCAAACCAGGUCUCUGAACAAACCAACACACAUGGACAGCAAUCCAAACUAGUUGCGCCGUAGUGUAACUCUGAGUAGAAGAGUUGAGUAGCUAUACUAAUCGCACUGCAGAUUAACCACUGUUGAAGGGCAUUUGGCGUUGCUUCUUCCUUUCGUUGCAUUUCACAUUAUGCUUUUUAAAGCGCUACCAAUUGAAUCUUCUUUUACAAUCAUGUUGCAUUGAGUGGGAAUCUCAAUUCUUUGAUCUUUUUACCUUUUGCACAUUUUCUAGAAUUUGCAAAUGUAAAACUGAUUAAGAUUUCAUUCCAUCCAGAAGUCAAAUUUUAUCCCCAAGAAAGUGUAAAGAAAAAUCCAGACAUGAGUUAGCUGCCACUGCAUACCGCACACAAACCAUUUUGCUCAAAAUUAAUAGCACACUUGUUUAGGUUGUAAAAACAAAUUUACUCUCGGGUCUCGCGCUCGACUAAUUGACUGUUUUUAGGACUUUGUUCAUACCUUUAAUUACAUAGUUAGAAGAAACUUCAUUCGAAUAGUAUCCAAAAACAAAGAAUGUCUGUUGAUAUUCUUUUUAUAACUUUGGAGAUGGUAUCAGAAAUGCUCUAGUCCUCUUUAUUUACUCCUUUUGUUCCCAAUACCCACCACCCAUAUAUCAGGUCAGUGCGAAUUUUGUCAAUAGUGAUGGGCCUGAAAGCGAAAGUACCCCCGCCCUAAGGCAGGGUGUGCGUAUUUGGACAAUCUGAGCCAGCUGUCAGUAUAUUUGUGUUCACUUUUUCCCGUUUGUGUUUCUCCACUGGAGGCAGUUUGGCAUAUUGUAUGCAUGGUGUGCAUACAUGUGUAGGUGUAUGAUGUAAGUCGUAAGCGGCAGAAGACGGGAACAGAUGGAAGGAAUACACAUUCUUUGCGUCUUUUGUUUUUCUUCCUGGAGGUGAGGCCACGUUUUGUAGUCGCUACUGAAGUACAAGGUUUUUUUUGUUUUUUAAACUCAACCUUGUUGCUUGUAGUGCCUGUGAUGGUCUUCCGAAUGAUUUGUAAUGGCGGCGGUCAUGGGUUUCUGGCGGAAUGACAUUCGAUGGUGGUCUUUUGAAUGGCGUGGCAUUGGGGCUGUGUGAAGCCUCCAUGCGAGUGCCGCGUCCUUAUAGAGAACCCUCUGUGGCUCUCUGGAUUUUGCCUGGCUUUUACAAUGGCUUGUAUUUGCCAAGCUGACAAAGGAAUGGCCAUAAUACCUCCCGUCGUCACAUUUUUAUGUCUAGAUGUGUUGGUUUCCUCCUUUUUUGACAUCAAGUCUUUUCUAGUUUGCUGGCUGCUUGGUUGCUGCCAACCGCCGUGGUCUCACGGUCUGUUUAUAAUGACACAAGCUCCACAGUUGUGAGAAGUGGGUUUUUUUUGCUCGGAUAAAAAUGUUUGGAGAAUGGGUAUGGGUCCAUUCACUACAUGUUUACUUGAUCAGGCCGUGUAAUGACAUGACUAGAUUAUGAAUGUUUGCCUUGAAAGCCGAGGUUCUUACUUUAGACCACUCAUCCAAAUUUUUUAAUUGUUUGCUACUCCAUAGGUCUUUUUGCCCUCCCUUUACAAACUCAAAUUCAUCAACGAUGUGCUAUUCAAUGAAUUAAUGAUUUUGAUUUGACAAUAUUAGCUUUUCUUUCGCCGAUAAAACCUCAAUUUUUAACGUUGAGUAAAUCUGAGCUCUCUGCAGUGACAACUAGCUCAUAAUGGACACAUUAUCCCAUGAGUCUCCCCUGUGUAGGUCUCAUCUAUAGAGUUCUUGAAAUAUGCACAUCUGCAUAGUUUUGGUUCAUGAAAUGAUGACAAUGUCUGCCGAUAUAAUUAAAGAAAUGCUUGUCUUGCUUGUAUUAACUUGCUGUCAUGUUAAGUUUAGUUUUUUCAUUUGUACACCAGUUUUGGGAUUUAGUAAUGGAAAGGGGGGGUGGUUAGAAUUUAAAUUUGGAAGAAAAAAAAAAAAAUGCUGCCCUUGUUGUUUUACUUGCCCUAAAACCUCUACACCUUCCAACCAUCUGUCACAGUUUUAAAGCCUUACCACAACUUGUUGUUGUCAAACAUUUUUAACGGGACCAACACAGUUCUGUUAAUAAACUUCACAGAGCAAGUAUUA